CUGUUGUUGCUGGCUGACAGCUCACUGUGUAAUGACUGCUUUUCCUGAACAACAGUUACCUUAACAAGAGUGCUCCAAUUUAAGAUCCCUCCUUCUAGUAGUUGCUGGCUGAUAGUUCAUUGUGUAAUGUUUGGUUGUCCUGGGAAACAGAUCGAGAUACCUGUUUGGCCAGAGAGAAUGCAUAAUAAUAUUUGCUAUGGGGUACAUGCUAUUCAAGUCAGCAUAUUUAUAGGUAGGUUGGUAACAAAAUGGUGCCGGAAGAAAUUGCAGCAGUUUUAUGGGCGCCCAACCAAUUGUGCUAUUAUGUGGGCUUUUUUUGCGUUAUUUGUAACUUAUUUAGUACAUAAUGUUUCUGCAACCAUAUCUAACGGCAAAAAAGAGCUUCUGGAUGUCAGGACAGCGAUCACUCACCUCGGAUUAGACAAAGAUUUUUUCUUCAACAAGCAGGACGCACAGAACAUUCUCCGAACACCCGACAAGGCCGACAUCCCCGUUAUUUGCAAGAGGAAGAGACGCAGGUACAGAGGACACAGCGGGUUGCCUCGUACGGAUCCGCAGAAGGCGAGUGGGAAAGCUGCCGUUACCGUCAAUAUUACUCGCUAACAUGCAAUCAUUGGACAAUAAAUUAGACGAGGUACGAUCACGAAUAUCCUACCAACGGGACAUCAAAAACUGUAAUAUCCUAUGUUUCACGGAAUCGUGGCUGAAUGAUGACAUGGAUAUUCAGCUAGCGCGCUAUACGCUGCACCGGCAAGAUAGAACAGCACACUCCGAAGACUGUAGGAGGAAGUGGAGAGGACUCAGGGACAGGUAUCAGAGAGGGAGAAGGGCAGAGAAAGAGAAGAAGAGGUCUGGGUCAGCAGCUUCAGGCCAGCAGCCAUGGCGCUUCUGCCACAUUCAUUCUUUUCUGGAUCCAUUUAUUGUGCCUAUGGCAACGAGUGGCAAUUUUACAGCCAGACCCUCUGCUACGUCAUCCACAAGUGUUGUCGCCACCGGUGCAUCAAGACCCUCAACGUCAUCUACAAGUGCGACCAUCGCAUCCACCCGUGCAGCGAGACCCUCUACAACAUCUACACCAUCCGCAAGUAAGACCACCACCGGUGCAGCCAUGGAAGAUGAUGAAAUGGAGGAAGCACCUCUCAAUCUAGGACCGUCUGAGAUUAUUAUGAACCUCACAGAAGUGACCACUGAGGACCUCGUUGAACAGAAUGUGGCCGUGGAGACAAACGAGGAGAGAAACAGAGAGGAACAACGUCACACCAGGCGUCAUCGGAGGUACCAGCCCCCAGAUCCACUCAACUCAUUUCAACAGAGGCUCCUCCAAGCCGUCGAGAGGGAUGCAGCCCAACCUGAUGCUCACAGGAAGGAGGAUGAAGAGACCCUCUUUGCCAUGAGCCUGGUGCCAACACUGAAGAAGCUGCCUCAGCAAAGAAAAGCAGCAGUCAAGGAUAAAAUGUAUCAGCUGCUUUUCGAAGCCGAGUUCAAUGAGAUGGAGUCCAUUUAGCCAACCAGCUCACAGGAAGGACAGGAAGAGGAGAGGAAGGACAGGAAGAGGAGAGGAAGGACAGGAAGAGGAGUUGUCUGGUUGCUGUUUUGACCUCCCUCAUUGUACCUUUCUUUUCACACGUCAGUUCCGUUUAAAUUCAGUCAAUUCAUGAAGUCAUUUAUUUAUAAAGUCUUAGGAUAGCAUUCAUUAUUAGUGUUACAUAGAUUUCUGAAUUGAAAGUCAUAGAUCGGAGAAUUCACAGAUGCUCUUGUUGAUCUCUUAUGAGACUAAAGAUCAAUAUUUCUUUAAUUUAAAACCACUUGAAAACCAGAGUGUUGAAACUGUUUGUGAAGUUAUGUUCCAUCGACUGGUCCAUGACGUCCAGGGGCCAUUUGUUUGAUUAGCUGUGUUAUGGCUACACAUUAUUUUAUUUUUUUCAGAGACAGAGACACACACACACCUCUCCUCUCUGUACCUCAGAUCUCCAGUUCCCUGCCCUCUCUCUUUAUGGCCAUGUCUGAAGUUCCCCUACUACGUCUAGGAUUUAUGAGUAGUCCCUGUAUCGGUCUGCAGUUGUGCCAAAAAUACAUGCUCUUGUUGUUCUCUUACAGAUUACAGGCUACGCAUUCAUUUAUUAUAAUUUUUUUACACACACACAUUCUUUCCUGUACUUGAAUACUUAAUAAAUUAUAAUGUUUUCAUAGUCA